GCCUGCUCCCGCGCGCGCCAUGGCCAAGCCGUCUUCUCCACACGCCACACAACUGAUACACACGCAUGACAACUACGUACGUCCACCGCUGUGCCCUCCCCAAUUCUCCCGGUACACACCUAGCUAGCUCACUUGCUAGUCUUGCUUCAGUUCCUGGCCACACAGCUCUCGAUCUAGCUAGCUAUAAAUAUGCCUCCCCUCGAGCUCACAAUGCACCUUCAUCACCGAUCGUGUGCUUCAGCUACUAGCCUACUAGCUACAUACUGCUAAUUAAGCGUUGACGACGUACGUACAUAUAUAGUACGUGCAAUGGGUGCUGCUACUGUCACAAAGUCCUCUCCUGCUGUUUGCUCCAUGGCUGUUGCCGCCGUUGCCUUCAUGGCGGCGGCGGCGGCGGUGGCUUCGCUCAUCGCGGUGCCGGCUGCAGCGGCGGCGUCGCCGGUGCCGGCGAUCUACGUGUUGGGGGACUCCCUGGCGGACGUCGGGAACAACAACCACCUGGUGACGCUGCUCAAGGCGGACUUCCCGCACAACGGCAUCGACUACCCGGGGAAGAAGGCCACCGGACGCUUCAGCAACGGCAAGAACUCCGUCGACUUCCUCGCUGAAAACCUGGGGCUGGCGACCUCGCCGCCGUACCUGGCCUUGUCGUCGAGCAGCAACCCCAACUACGCCAACGGCGUCAACUUCGCUUCCGGUGGCGCAGGAGUCUCCAACGCCACAAACAAGGACCAAUGCAUCAGCUUCGACCAGCAGAUCGACUACUUGGCGUCGGUGCACGCGUCGCUGGUGCAGAGCCUGGGGCAGGCGCAGGCCACGGCUCACCUGGCCAAGUCCCUCUUCGCCAUCACCAUCGGCAGCAACGACAUCAUCCACUACGCCAAAGCCAACUCCGCCGCCAAGCUGACCGCCACCGCCGGCGCCGCCGACCCGUCGCAGCAGUUCGUGGACGAGCUGAUCCAGACGCUCACGGGGCAGCUGCAGCGGCUCUACGGCCUGGGCGCGCGCAAGGUGCUGUUCCUGGGCACGGGGCCCGUGGGGUGCACCCCGUCGCUGCGGGAGCUCAGCCCCGCCAAGGACUGCAGCGCCCUGGCCAACGGCAUCUCCGUGCGCUACAACGCCGCCGCGGCGACCCUCCUCGGCGGCAUGGCCGCGCGCUACGCCGACAUGCACUACGCGCUCUUCGACUCCUCCGCCGCGCUGCUCCGGUACAUCGACCAGCCGGCGGCGUACGGGUUCACCGAGGCCAAGGCGGCGUGCUGCGGGCUCGGCGACAUGAACGCCAAGAUCGGGUGCACUCCGCUGAGCUUCUACUGCGACAACAGGACCAGCCACGUCUUCUGGGACUUCUACCACCCCACGGAGACCACCGCCAGGAAGCUCACCAGCACGGCGUUCGACGGGUCGGCGCCGCUCAUCUUCCCCAUGAACAUAAGGCAGCUCAGCGCCAUAUAGAUAUAUAUAUAGGCGGCCAUACCUAGAAUCAGAGUAGUCCUUGUAUAUGUUGUGCAUCAUAUAUACCGUGGCCUUGGACGUCAUAGAAAAAGAACUCAAAGGAUAUAGCAAACCUCAUAGAGGCUUGCAUUGGCAAUAUGCAUGUAUUAUCUCCAAAGAAUGUAAUUCUAGAUUCAAAGUAUAUACCAAUUAUCAAAUCUCAUAGAA